UUCAGCUCACAGUGAUGUGACAAUAGAUGGGAGAGUGUGUGCGACUUUCUUUUGACCUUGACUACCCCCAGCUGGAGCAACCUCUUCGGAUCAGCUGGUACAAGGGAAAUGCAUCCUUGGGGCACUGGAUGCAUGGCAACCCCGGGCACGGCCAGCGCAUUCGUCUCUUUCCUAAUGGGACGCUGGGGCUCCACCUGGCCGGGAGAGAGGAUGCAGGACAAUACACAGCCACGGUGUGCCACAGCUCUCAGCAUUGUUUCUACCAAAGAAAAUUUCAGCUAUGUGUGCAUGGGCACCUUGUCAGAGGGCUUGUAGGUGACUGUGUUACUUUUGAUCUGAACUGCCUGGAACCAACCAAGUACAUCGAAGUCAGGUGGAAGAAAGACAACAAGCGUGUGGCAGAAAACCAGACAGAAGAUGUCGUUCUGACCUACUUCAACAGAGCCCGUGUGUUCCCCAAUGGCAGCUUGAGCUGUUGCCCCACAUAAUGGGGGGAUGAGGGAGAGUAUGUGGCAGAUGUAUUCAAUCAGGAUGGCAUGCAUUUGCACCAGGAAACUUUUAAUCUGGAACUGAACAAUGAGAGGGACAAACCUGAGGAACAUGAAGAAAGGGAUGAAAACAGCCCUUGUUUUCGCUCUGCCACCUGGACUGGUGUGCUCAGCGGCGGCUCAGGAGUCUUUUCUGUGGGAAAUCAAAGUCUGCAUAACCUCUCCAGAAUGAGCAAGAGGGGUGCGAGAUGCUGGACAACUGUCUAUAAUGAUACUUUGUUGGCUGACUGCGGCACUUCUACCGGCAGAUGCCUGAACUGGCAGAAUGGCUCCCUAGUGCUGAGGAGUGUGGAGAAAGAGGAUGAAGGAGAAUAUGAGUUUUUUUUUCACAACGCCACUGAAUUAUUCACACUGGAAGUAUUUGAGCUGGCUGUUGGUAUCCAGUGCUUCCCUAAUGGGACUGGAGAGUUGUCCUGUGACGUGACCAGCAACAAGAGCAUCAGCGUUCAGUGGCUGCUGAACGGCACCGUGCUGAGCAUCCCCGAGGCUUGCAUUAAGGAUGGUGGGAAGAAGGUUCGCCUGGACAAAACCGUGCCUGGGGAAUUUGUAUGUGAGGUGUACCACGGGACCAGCAUCACGAGGACAAGGCCCAUUGUGCUGUCUUGCAGCUAUGGAGACCUGCUGCAGCACCCGUGGUUCAUUUACAUCCUGGCAGGCUGUGCAGGGGGUGCAGUUAUCCUGGUGGUGAUUGUGUCCUCAGUCAUAUGUUGCUGCAUGAAGAGGAAACCCAAGUUCAUCCCAGUGCCUUCAGAGGAGGAGAAGGAUGAUGGACUUACAAUGUCCGUGGUCUCCAGUGAAGGUGUGAAGAGCCCCCCCAAUGGAGACCGUGUCGAGGCUCAAGCUGCCCAGAUCGACUGCCCUUCAAAGCCUGACGCUGCCCAGACUGGUCAAGGCACUGAGCCCCCACCCCCCAUGGAGGAAAAUUUACCAGUGGAGAUAGAGCCUGAGGAAAUGCCAGACCCAGAAGUCACAGUUGAUGUGGAAAGCCAGAAAAAUGCCUCGGACUGUUUCCCAGAUCCAAUUGAUGACUGAUCUGGCAUGCUUGCUGUUCCACCCUCUCUUGAAGUCUAUGACACCCAUCCUUUGCAUCCCAUAGCCUCAUUGUGUGUAAGAAUCAGUCUAAAAAAUUUUAGCGGGGGGAAGAUGUGAGGUGUCAGGCCUGCUAACCUCAUUUAAAAAAGAAAAAAAAAAAAAAGAAAAUAUAAGAAAAAGCACAUGCAUGGCUUCAAGGCCACGCUGCCGUGGGCUGACAGGUUCACUAAGAAACCAAACUGGGCAGCUCUUCAUGCUUUGCCUGUCGAUAGACCUGCAGUUAACCUGUGGAGCCCUGGAGGACAGCCUGAGAUGAGAUGGGCUGUUCCUCCUGCUCCCUGCCCACCCCGCGCCUUGCCACGUCUUUGCCAGCCAGCGGUUCCUGCAAGCGGCCGGCGUGACAGGCGGGUUGAGGUGGCCUGCCAGUCCCAGGCAGAAACAAGGACCUGCCAGAAGUUUCCUGAGAAAGCCUCCUCUCAGGAGAUUUCGAGGCAUUCUUCACAGGCCCUGCAAAAAAAGCUCCAGGGAAGUUUCAGCUACGUAUCUGCUGUGCCGGGUGUUUAUCUGAAUCGCUUCUCUGAGCUCCGGACCCUUAGUGAUUUGGCCCUCACUGCUCGCUGCGUGGGGCCAGGAGUGGUGGCGGGGGCUGCUGCGUGCAGGCCCCGGGAGGUGAUGUUGGCUUGCUUGCCUUUCGAUGAUGCCCUGUAGUGGCAGGGGGCUACCAGUUACCUUUCGCCAGAACCUGACCCAGGUUGCCAGUGAGUUAAAGCAGCUCUGUCACUAGCUUGCUUGCUUGCAGCAGAAGGGUGCCUGGGGCUUGGGUGUGUAAUUUUGGCAGAAACAUUGAUUGUAAUGCUGAGAUCAUUCAUCAGUGCAAGCAUUAGUGCCUUUAGUGUAAUGGUUUAGCUCCUGCAAGCUGCUUGAGCUGGCCAUCUGCCUGUGCAUGUAGGCUUUUUCAGUGCUGUGUUAUUUGCACAGGCAGCAGCAAUUUAUAGAAUCUCUUAGGCAAGUCUUGCUGCUACGCACGUCCUGUUCUGCUCAGGGGAGGUUUGCCAGUGGAGCAGCUGGGGGUAGGCCUGCAGGGAAGAAGGAUGAGGUGAGGAGAGGGCAAGGACUCGGUCCCAGGCAUCAGGUAGCCAGGGGCUGCAGGGCUGUCAGGCCACAGGGGGUGAUGCCAGAGCAAGGUAUUUACUGCCUAAGUGCAUUUUGGUGGUCAGAAGCGAGGCAUGUUGGUGUUAAAUUAGCCCAAAGGGCUAGAAAGGCACGGUAGAGUAAAAGCAGAGAUGGUACAGAUCGGGGCUGAAAGGGAUGGGGAUGUGUAUUGCAUUCCUCUCUUCCAUUGCCAUUUUGUCCCUGUUUUAUAUUGUGCUGAUAUUGUGCCAUGAGCCCCUUAGAAACAGAUUUAAGGUAUGCCUUGUAAAUGCCACCCAGCGAGGUCUGCAAGCACCCCAGCAGAAUCAAAACUGAGCUGAGUGCUUUUUCCCCAGGCGGGGGAGCUGCCGGGGUGGCUGCACACCUACCUGGAACUCCUUCAUGUCCGUGUACAUGGCAGAGCGCUGCAUCGGUGACACCCAGCCAUAGGUGGUCGCUCUUGUUGUUUCCUUGUCCUGUGACUCUGUUUAGAAGAUUUUUGGAUCUUGUGUGCUGUAUUGGUGGUGAUUCAGCCUGUCUCUUGCUUUUUAAGGCUGCCGUAGGAAUCAGAUUUUCCACGGUAAGAGGGAGAUAAUAAUUCUUUUCCUCAUGGUGCUGCGCUAUCUCCUUUCAGUAUAAACAUUCCUCAAAGGCUGUGAGUGGACUGACAGAAACGUGACACGGAGCGCGUGGGGUGGCAGCUGCCUGUAGGCAGCACGGCGGCAGCGACGCUGGGUGAGCUGGUGCCAGCAUCACUGAAAUGGGGGGACGUUGUCAGCUUUGCUUCUCUUCUGUGCUUUCUGGCAGGGGCAGGCAGGGGACAGUCGACUCCAGUACAUGCUUCAAAGGCUGAACGGUGCUGGAGAGGAUGCCAGCUUUUCAGGUGCUGAGGGUGACAGAGCUGGGCCAGCAUUGUCCUGCUGGGCUGGUACAUCCCGGCUCCAGCUUGCCCAAGCACUGCCUUGCUGCUGUCAGCACUGGGAGGGCUGGGGGUGCCCUGGCAGCCUUUAGCCCCGUCACUGGUGUAACCCCAGGCUGAGAAGGAUUUUUCCCAUUGAGAUCGAGCCAUCCUUACAAGGCAGACAGGACACGUCUGGUUUUCUGUCCUUCCCUGCUGAAAGUGCCAUUCAGCAAUGGGGCAAAGGUUUCUGUUACUGUGAGGUCAGGAGAGAAGUUGUGCAGCCUGUGCUCUUCCUUUAGCUGCAUGUGUUCGUGCCCUGCUAUUGUUCUUUUUUGGUGUUUGGUUUUGUUUUUUUUUUUUUUUUUCCUUUUCCCUGCAAUGAUUUUGUUCCUAAUAAAAAGAUCUGUUUUCUAA